AUGCGGUUUUCAAGGCGCACGCUGACUGCUGCUGUUCUCGUUGGCGGCUGCCUGCUGCUCGCGUUUGCAAGCCGGCCAGCAGCAUGGCCAGCAGUGUCGACCGAGCCAGUCGUGCCCGUGGUGACUGUGGUGACUGUGAUGACGGUCGUGCCUGACCUACCAGUUGUGCCAGUCGUGGUGCCGACCGAACAGCCCGACCGCAAGGACGUUGAGGAGCACGCCCACGGAACCGACGACAGUGCUGCUGCUGCUGCUGCUGCUGCUGCUGCUGCUGCUGCUGAUGCUGCGAUUCCUGCUGCGAUUCCUGCUGCUGCUGAUGCUGAUGCUGCUGCUGGUGCUGCUCUCGAUGCGGAGGCUCAGCAGGCUGCCCUCAUGCAAAAGAAGCUUCAGUGGCACGCAGAGUCCUGUGGGCUCAGAUCGCCCGAGUGCGACACUGCGAUUGCGCCAUGCGUCGACCGCCCGCCAGACAGGCGGCACGAUCCGUCUGCAGUCAACUCGACAACGAGCUCCGGCCAGAACAAGUGGAUUGUCUUUAUUGGCGACUCUGUCACUCGCAAAAUGUUUGAGAGAACCGCUCUCUUGCUUGGUCCCGAGGUCUUUGAACCGCUCGAAAUGUCGGGAGACAGGCACAAUCGGUUUUCGAUUGCGCCACAUUACGAAAACAAGGAAUUCCUGGCAUUCGGCCAGAUCCUCAUGACACAGAUUUUCAUCGGCGGAACAACCGACGCUCACUUGAUUGACAAUUUCAGAGUGGGACUGCAACUCCCGAAGGAAGACCGCCUUCGCCUGCUGGCACGGCAAAGCUUGGGUGCUGAUAGCUUGCUUUAUCGCCAGCCAGACCGCGUUCUGGUCAAUGUGGGGUUGUGGGAUUCCCGCGAUGUUCCGCUGCCUCAAUACCGCGAGCAACUUUUAAAGUGGCCCUCGUUCUUCCACAACGAGAUGAAGCUGUCGGCCAACGCGAUGGUGUGGCGGUCGACAACCCCCACAUCCGAUCGACUGCCUCUGGAAGAUCCCAGCCGUGCUGAAAUGACGGUUGGCAAAAUUUCCGCGUUGAACGACAUUGCGUACGACGUUUUCGUUCAGAACGCGGGCUGGCACUUUCUCGACCAGUUCAACCUUCUUGGCGGAUGGAAUGCUGCCAAGCGAGAGCCCCUCAUCCAAGGCGACUUGUAUCACCCGCAGGCGUCGUCCAUUUGCCUGCUCGCCGAGUACGCAUUCAACUCGAUUUGCAUGCUGCCACCACUGUAG